AUGACUCCUCGACGCUCUUCUCGGGCUCGCACCUCCCAACCCUCCCCUGCCCUCAUCCAACAGACCAACUCCUCCAGCUCCUCAAGUUCUACCCGUGAGAGGAGCACCCGAUCGAACCACAAAAAUGCCUCCCCUCACGAAUCCUCUGGCCACCGGUCUCAGUCCAUCGAUGACGCUGAAAGCGGCUCAAAGGACCUCCCGCACACGCGGCAGCGCCAGCGCGCCCACGAUGAUGAAGACGAGGCACCUGGCGAAGAAGACGAUGAUGACCUAGAAGAUGACGAGGAAGAGGUUACUCGGUGUCUCUGUGGUCAACAAGACUACCCAGGCUUGCCUCCUUCUCGUCGCGAGGCCCUCGGUCGCGGCACCAUCAAACUGGAGUCGGUCCCAAUACCCUCUGAUCCCUCUGAUGUCAUGUCAGACGAUAUUGGGAGCAUGUUCAUUCAGUGCGAUUUGUGCAAAGUGUGGCAACAUGGUGGUUGUGUGGGAAUCAUGGACGAGGCAACGAGUCCUGACGAAUAUUUCUGCGAGGAGUGCCGGAAGGAUUUACACAAAAUCAAAGGCGAGCCUAAUGGAUCACGAUCCUCUACCUACCUACCAGUCGCUCCGGCGUCUUCGCCAACGCCGCCGCCGCCGCCACCCCCAGCACCGCCAGCACCAGCACCAGUACAAGCACCAACACCACCAGCCCCAGUGCAGGCGCCCUCUCCCGCCCCAUCCUCCCGAGCAUCCUCUAGAGAGACAUCUCGGCGCUCUAAAGACCCAAAGUCGCGGAACAGUGAAGGCGCUUCCAACCCCAAGCGGCGGUCGACGAUGAAUAGUCGGGAUGCUGCGUACGACGAAGAAGAGCUGAUUCGACGCGCAAUUGAGGAAAGCAAGGAAGAUUCCAAGAGUAAUCCAGAUGAGACAAUCAUGCGUCGGACCAAACGAAGUCGGAGUGACAGUGUGACGAACAGAGAAGGAUCAAAGCGUCCACGAACUGCCUCUCCGUCACCGACAGCUGUAUCCAAGCAUACUGCCUCCCACCCGCCGUCCGAUGAUGAGCAGAAGCAGAAGUCUGCAGUCAACGGUACUCGAAGACAGAGGGCCACUUCUCGAGGCCAGCUCGAUAAGGAGCCCGCCAAAGACACCGACGAGGGCGAAGCAGAAGCUCCGGAGGCAGCGAAUCGCCGGAAGGAACGGUCGAACCGCAAAGGAGAAGAAUCCGAACAUGAACCGGGAUCUCCUACCAAGACUGUACCAAUUGAACCCGAACCGACCCAAACAAGUCCCAAUACCCCAACUCCUCAAGAGCCCACACCUGCUCGCCCGUCGACCCGCAAAUCCGGUCGUCCCCCGGCGCGCCGCGGCCGUGUCGGACGAAACCAAUAUACGAAGGAUCGAGACACAAAUGGGAAUGGAGUGGAUCAGGGAUAUAUGGCCAACUCGCCCCGCCGCGGUCAGUCACAUGAAAUCGGCGGCGACUCCCCGCGAGUUGGAUACGCCGGGGUGAAUGGCACACAUCUCAACGGUGGGGAGUCUGGACGACCAAGCAAGCCACGGCACAUGCACCCGCAGCGAACAACAAUGAACGAGAUGAAGCGCCGCGUAGCCGCCAUCCUCGAGUUCAUCUCGCGCAUGCAAGUUGAAAUGGCCGUCGCCGGCGAGAACUCCACGCCGACCAGCAACGGCGACCGCGCUCAAGGCCUCCUCCUAAAGAGCAUGGUCGACCAAAUCGACAGUGCGAUGCCCUCGUCCCGCAGCGAUGGCGGGGAGUCCGCGCCUGCAACGACUGACGGUGGCUACGGCGAUACGUCGACGCACGACAAAGACUUCAAGGAACUCAGCAGCGUUGAGAUGAUGGACGUUCUCACGCGCCAUCUGCUUAAGUGGCAGCAGGAGCAUUCGAGGAAAGUCCUCAAGUCCGGCAAUCUGGACUUUGACGCCCGCGUUCCCAUCCCCUUCAGUGUCUUCCCGUCGUCGUACCGGAGUGACGCUGUCUCUGAAACUACUCAAACGAGAGUAGAGGGAGAAGUCAAUUUCGAUCGUCCUUCGCGCGUCGAACGGGAAGAUACUAAGGGUUCUGCUCCCCUUCCCGGCCCUCGUGUUCAAGGAAAGGAAGAGUUCGUGAUCAAGGCAGAGCGUCCUCAUUUCCAGGAAGAGCACCCUCCGUUCCAAGAGCGUCCUCAGUACCAAGAAGGCCCUCGCCAGGACUAUUACCAGCGAACGGAAGAGUUCCAAGCCCCGCUUGAGAUCUCUCGCACAAGCUACCCCAACUAUCAACAGUCCUAUUACCAGGACCGUACCCAAGUCUACGACCAGGUCAAGGAGAACCAACUCGACCUCACCGAGCGUGAUAUUCGUCGAAGCUUCGCUGCUGAUCGUGCCCCUGUGUACGAAUCCCUCCCCGUCGGUUCCUACUCUCAACGUGAAGGCUCCGCCUACGGCUUGCCCACUGCUGUCUACGACCGGCCCCGCCAGUCCCAGAUAGAAGAGUACCAGUCCCAGGACUACCAAUCCAACGACUACUACACUCGUGAGGCCCAGCCCUCCCGAUCCCGUUACUCUCAGUCUUCGGCUCCCACCGAAGUCAAGGUCUCUCAAUCCACCGUUCGUGAAACCACCCCAACUCGCAAGAUGGGUUACUACGACGACGAGGGUCAGUACCACUCCUUCCGUCGCGGCGUUCAGCGCGCUGCCGACCACAUCCUGCACCCCCACCACCACCACCACCAUGAGCGCGAGGAAACUUACGCUGGCGAAGAACCUGCCCCCCAAGCAGCUGUCCGUAUUGUCGAGCCCCGCAACCGCGGCACCGUUGGCGAGACCGUCCCCAUCCCUUGCCACUUCAUCCGCAUUGGCGACAUCCUGAUCCUCCAGGGUCGCCCCUGCCAGGUCAUCCGCAUCUCGGUCUCCCCCCAGACCGGCCAGCACCGUUACCUCGGUGUCGACCUCUUCACCCGCAAGUUGCAAGAGGAGUCCAGCUUCGUCGCCAACCCCUCUCCCUCCGUGGUUGUCCAGACCAUGCUCGGCCCCGUCUUCAAGACCUACCGUAUCUUGGACCUCCGUGAUGACAACCGCCUCGUCGCCAUGACCGAGUCCGGUGAUGUUAAGCAGGGUCUCGAUGUCAUCACCCAGGGCAGCCUCUUCAAGCGCAUCAGCGAUGCCUUCGCUGAUGGCCGUGGCUCCGUCCGCGCCCUCGUCAUCAACGACGGUGGCCGUGAGCUCGUCGUCGACUACAAGGUCAUCCACGGCUCCCGCCUGUAA